CCAGCUUGAACCCUCAGCUUGAAUUUGACCUUUACUCCGUCACAAGCACAAAAUCGAGAUGGCUAAUAAGCGGAAAAAUACAGAUUCCGAGUCGGGGUCGGACUUUGAUCCAAGCGAUACGGAUGAUGAAUAUGUCACGCCGACCAUUUCGAAAUCUCAACGAAAGAAACCUGCCGGCCGGCAACCACAGAAGAAGCGAGCGAAACGCGAGAUUGACGCUGUCGCGACUGCAGAUGAACUGUCUGCUACCCCACAUCCAAAAUCUCUCCAUGUCAUCGCAAAAGAUGCGAACUUGAGAUCUACUCGAACGGCCUUGCUUCAAUGGUACUCGGCAGUCCACGCCUCUCGAAACAUGCCGUGGAGGAAGCCGUAUGAUCCCACAUUGAGAACCGAGGAGCGGGCCCAGCGCGCUUACGAGGUUUGGAUAUCAGAAAUCAUGCUGCAACAAACGCAAGUUGCCACCGUCAUCCCCUACUACAACAGGUGGAUGGAAAAAUUUCCCACCAUUCGUGAAUUGGCGUCCGCGUCUAUCGACGAUGUCAAUGCGCUCUGGAAAGGACUGGGCUACUAUAGUCGCGCCAGCCGUCUGCUCUCAGGAGCUCAAAAUGCCUGCCGUGAUUACAACGGCAGAUUGCCUGACAAUGCAAGAGACAUGCAGGCCAAUAUACCUGGGAUUGGGCGAUACAGUGCUGGUGCAAUUUGCUCAAUCGCUUAUGGAGAAGCAGUUCCUGUCCUUGACGGGAACGUGAACCGACUGUUGAGUCGGUUUCUAGCACUCCAUGCGUCUCCUAAAGCGAAACAAACACUGGACAUUCUCUGGGAUGCUGCCAGUGUUUUCGUGCACGAUCUUGAUGCCUCUCAGCACCCCGGAGAUGUCAAUCAGGCGCUUAUUGAACUCGGUAGCACGGUCUGUAAAGUCCGAGACCCUGACUGCGAGAAUUGUACCAUCGGAAGCUGGUGCGCAGCGUAUAUUCAAAGUCAGACUGACCAGGACACUGGCGUGAACUCCGUCCCCGAUAUCGAAGACCUAUGCUCCCUGUGCGAGCCGGUCCCCCGUCCAUCACCGGUCACCGUCUUUCCUAUGAAAGCCGAAAAGAAAAAGUCACGCGAGGAACUUGACUUGGUGAACGUUAUCGAAUGGCGCGCCGGGUCUGAUCGGAGAUUCCUGUUAGUCAGACGGCCGGAAGGAGGUCUGUUAGCUGGGCUGGAUGAAUUCCCGACUUGCCCGAAUAUUUCCGCUUCGCUUUCCUCGGCUCAAGCGCGGAGUAGCGUGGAGGACUUGCUUUCCACCUUGCUCCAUCCAGAUGAGCAAUCAUUCAAAUCUCCGUCCAAAGCCCUAGAUGGUCUAAAGAUCAGCCACAUCAAAGCAGCAGGGGAUGUGGUCCAUGUCUUCUCGCAUAUCAAGAAAACGUACAGAGUGCAAUGGGUCCUUCUCGAGGGCCUAUCGAAUCCCCCCACUCUGGCCUCGACCACUGCUGGUGUUCUCCCGAUCAAAAAAUCUGCGAAGAAGUUGAACCCUGCUCUGAGUGAACCCUGCACUGCCUGGGUUCCUCUAGACACAGUCGCGUCGAGAAACAUCGGAACCGGUGUGAUGAAGGUCUGGAAACUGGCCCAGCUCCUUUGGGAAUGACCUUUCCUUGGUCACGAAAGUACAACCGCAGUAGCCAAUAGACUAACCAAUAAAUACUGAGCGUCUAGACGCGUUGUGUACAUAAGAGAAGGGACAGGCGCUAUUCCUCUGGACGCGGCUCGAUUGCCUGCUCUGCUCGUGGUCCCCCCGACCCAGACGGCCCAUUCUAGAAACGAUCGAAAAAUGCGCUCUUGGGGAGAUUGAAUGUCCCACUCACCUGCCUCAGCUUCGCGAGGUGAAUCUUCAACGUCUCGGCAUAGUUGUCGAAGCCCAGCGUCGACAUGGCAUACAGGAUAUCUUCCCCACCAAUGGUUUUUCGCUUCUCGGACAGACAGCGCUCCGCUGCUUCAGAAGUGAUGAAGGAAAUGAACUCGGAGACACAUUCCUGCACGCAUUCCUUCGCGUCUUUGGCUAUCUUCGCGGUGGGUGGGACCGAGGCUUUCAUGAUCCGCGAAACAUUGGCGAUCUGGAUGCAUCAGGUCAGCUGGUGGUCCUCGGCUAAGCGGGCACGCGAGCGCUGGAAGAUGGACUCACGGGUAGGAAUCUGUCCUGCUCUCUGUACUCGCCCACUUCCUGCUCGGUGAUAGGGACGGCGGGCGUUUCAGGGGGCGGCUCGGUGCCAUCCUGUGCGGCAAUGAUGGGAUGACGGUCUGCCAUCGGAUAUUUUGAGGUAGCCUCCGGGGCCGCGUCCAAUCCGAGCACGUUUCAAGGGCUGCAAUCUGAGUGGCUGGUCGGAGGGAGCAGUGAAGGGUGGCGGUGCAGACAUGGCUGUGUCGCCGAGGUAAACAACGAGAAGAGCCACAAACAACUGAAACCUUCGCAUUGCUCGGAAAGGAAAGAGCAAGCGUCUAGACUCCACCCUCUAACUCUGCACGCAUAAGGAACACGUACGACGUGGUGGAAAAAACAAGACAAAGCGUGAUUACGAUUGACUCCAAGUCACGCAUCUAUUGGUACUUAUUAACAGCUUGAUGAGAGAUGGCCUCAGGGUCGUUGCACUCCACCGCUUAGUAAGUCUCAGGGAUGCAGAGUUCGCGCUGCAUGUCCCAAAAAGUCUCUGGUCGGUUGCUGUGAUAGGAUGAGGAUGCGUAUGAAGCUGCGGCGCUGCACGUGUCGGUCUAACGCGCCAACAUCCCAAGUCAAUUCCAAAUCGAUAGCCGUAUUGAGACCGAACGUGGAAUGAGCAUCCACGAAUAGUGCAGCGCGCGUCCGAAUCGAGGAAGUAUUCCAGGAAGUGAGGGAAAACAUGAGAUAUUCCGGGAAUCAACGCGUGCUGACAAGAUCCGUGCGGACGACCACGCGAAUCCAGGCCAUCGUUCACAGCGACUUUGUUGCUUAGCAGCCGGGCCACGGCGUGUAUCGCCGUUGUACUUCGAAGGAGUCGUCAAGUUACGUCCGGACUCAGCGGGAUGACUUGGUCUCCACAACUCGGGAAGAGUUCCACGACAGACCCUGGAGCGAAUGCGAUGCGUCGGCCGGCGUCCAAGAUGCUCGAACCGGCCUUCGAUUCCUCAUGGAGCCAAAGUAUGAGCUUGCAGAUGAUUAGGAAGCUUGAUAGCAGAGGAGACUGGAAGAUGAUUGAGAUGUUACUCGAAUCGAUGAGAUGGCCCGUCGAAUGUAAGGGAUUGAAUCAAGAUUGAACUUGCCGGCGGCGUCAAACAAGAAGAUGAUCAAGACACAACAUCUCGGCGCGACCUGGUGGCACAUGAUAAGGGUUCAUGCGUACACAAAAAAGGCACACGAGUGCCACGCAAGUGUCUUGCUUAUCGGGUGGCACGCUUUCGUCUCGCUCUGACGACGCAACGCGAUGUACGCCGCGAUGCAGAGCCGCGGUCGCCCACUCGAGCGAGGUCGGUCACACGAUCAAACUCGGCUUUCCGCCCUCGGCGACACCCGCUCAUCCUCACCAUCACCUUCUAACAGUUCCCCACGCACCCCCGCUUCUCGUUCCCGCUCCCACUCUCACUCCCGCCCUGCCACUCCUCCUCCCGCUCUGACUCUGUGUGACCAAGUACACAACGCGUAUGCCGCGGACGACUUCCACUUAGCCAAGGACGAAGACUUCGACGUUUGUUUCCUGCCAUACGGUGCACCCGACGACGGCCGGGGCAAGCCGAGCCAGAAUUAUAGCUCGGAAAGCAAGUUGGCCGCGGCCGCGGAGGCUCGCCGGGCCGCACAGCUGAAAGAGAAGGAGCUCCUCUGGGAGAACGAGUCUCGCCGGCAUCGUGAUGAGCGCGCUCGCUGGACUGCCAUGAAGCGACGCCAGGCCGCGGCAGAGGUCAUGGAGGAGCAGGAGCAGCUGAGGUUACGUUUGGUCAAAGAGAGGCAGGCUGCCGCAGCGGUCUUGGAUAUGGGUCGCCGCCGGACGAGACCGGUAGCACGGGCGCUAAGCUAUGCAGUAGACCGCCCAUCCGUCCCCGCACCUCCUGUCCGUUUCACAUACGACUUCCCUUUCACUCCGCGCAACAAUGUGCCUACGCGCGUUCGUCCUGCAGUCGAGGCAAGACCUACUGCCCCGAAAGUGGAGCCAUUGCCCCGUGACGAAGCGCCUGAAUAUCGGUCUCCUAUUCGAGUGACGUUUCAGCAAGUGUUGAACAGCAUGCAGGGCGAUCUAUUUCCAGUGCUGUCGAGCGAGCGCAUUCUGACACGCAGUUCCGAGCCACGCCGGGAACGCAUGUUGAUAGAUAUCUUGCUGGACCGCAGUGGCUACCUCCUGGCUGGCAUCGACAAGGGAAAGCAGCGCGCGGAGCCCAUGACAUGCUCCAGUUGCGAGUCCUUGCCGUCGCCCCCGCCGUCGUCUCCGUCGACUUCGUCCUCAGGUUUAUCUCGGGCAGGCUCUUGGUUGUCUUUUGGGGGAUCCUCGCGGCGAUCGAGCAACGCAAGCGUCACGACAGCACCAUCCUCGUGGAGGACGUCAUCGACCUUGCUCGAUUCUCCAUCUCUUUCGAAGUCUCCGCAGCCAUCGUCCUAUAUCCGACGACAAUUGAGUGCGCGUAAUUGGAUCAGCGCUGGGCCACGAGCCGCAUCGCCUUCUCCGGUUCGACCUGGUGGAGGAUGCACAUGUCGCUGGCGGAAUUCCACGCGCGUAUUUGCAUCCACACAUCCGUUGCGCAUGCCUGAACCUCCUCCCGCUGUCACCGCGGCUAUGGCUUCCGUCAUCCCGAGCCUCUUUUCUUCGAUCGCUUCCUUGGCCCGCACUGUUCAGACAUCUUAUGUCCGGGCUGUUGUUGUCGGCUACGACGUUUCGGCAGAAUGGAUCGAAGAGGAGGAGGCCAUCUGGGCCGAGCGGCCCACGGUUUUCAAGGAUCCGCCCGCUGUCCAGCGUGCUCCUUGUGUGCUGCCACUGCGUCCGGCAGGGUCCCGCGUCGAAUCUUCUGAUCUUCGCCGAUUCCUAGCCCGAGAACCCAAGCCUGAUGCCGUCCAGAUUGUCCCGCUAGCCCAUCUUUCGCGGCUGACUUCGUCGCGGGGAGAAGAGUUUACGCGGUCGCAUCGCCGGACGGAACUGCCCGCUCCGUUUCCUCAUCCCGUUGUUUUCAGAACUCCCCAGCCGCUUCCCAAGAGCCCUUGGCUGACUGUGCCGAACUUUGUCGACCAUCAGGAGGAGUUGCCGGCGCGCCCCCGGGCUGUUCCCAACAGCGCUUUCCUGCGCGUCAAGGCUUUGCACAACGAUGCUUUGGUCCAGGGCUCGGUUCCCCCCGUGCCGAAGAUACGCCUCCCCCGUGAGGCUGUGCUGGGUGUGGGUUCUCAUCCUCUGCCCGAGGGACGCGUCGCCAACGGCAGUGCGCUGAGAUUUGUUUUGGAUGUCAUCGAUUGAUGCGGUUAUGUUGUCGUAUUGCUUUACAUUGUACAUACUUAUUCUAGACAGCCUAGAUAUAUACUACUAAUCACCUCUACCUGGAACCCAGCGGCACUAUGAUUGACAUUUUACUCGACUUGCACGUGCGAACAGUUACAUCAUGUGAUCGUGUUUAUC